UCCCUGCCCCAGAGGCGGAUGACGCGGUCCCCGCCGCAGGAGGCCAGCAGCCCCCCGCCGGGGCUCCAGGCCAGGAACCAGCAGCGCGAGUCGGGAUGCGCCGCUCCCCGCCACAGCAGCUCCAGCGCCUCCUUCAUGGCGCCGCGGGCCCGUGACGUCAGCGCGCCGGAAGCGGAAGCGCCGCCCACCGGAAGCGGGGCGGUGGUGGAGGGGCGCCCAGGCGGAGCCGCGGUCGCUGGGCCCGCAGCGCGGCGGGGGGCCGCCAUGUACACCCCGGGGGGGCCGGGGCUGCCUGGCGGGCGGCGGCGGCGCGGGGCGGCGGGCGGCGGGCUGCCGAAGCAGCCGGAGCGCAGCCUGGCCUCGGCGCUGCCCGGGGCGCUCUCCAUCACGGCGCUCUGCACGGCGCUGGCCGAGCCCGCCUGGCUGCGCAUGCACGGCGGCACCUGCGCCCGCCAGGAGCUGGGCGUCGCCGAUGUCCUGGGCUACGUCGACCCCGAGCUGCUCCGAGACUACUGCAUGAACCCGCAGACGGUUCUGCUGCUCCGGGUCAUCGCUGCCUUCUGCUUCCUGGGAAUCAUCUGCAGCCUCUCGGCUUUCCUCCUGGAUGUCUUUGGACCCAAGCACCCGGCGUUAAAGAUCACUCGCCGCUACGCUUUUGCUCACAUCCUCACAGUCCUGCAGUGCGCCACCGUCAUUGGAUUCUGCUACUGGGCCUCGGAGCUGAUCCUGGCCCAACAGCAGCAGCACAAGAAGUACCACGGUUCCCAAGUCUACGUCACCUUCGCCGUCAGCUUCUACCUGGUGGCGGGCGCCGGCGGAGCCUCCAUCCUUGCCACCGCCGCCAACCUGCUGCGUCACUACCCCACCGAGGAAGAGGAGCAAGCCCUGGAGCUCCUGUCCGAGAUGGAGGAGAACGAACCUUAUCCGGCUGAGUACGAAGUGAUCAACCAAUUCCAGCCGCCACCGGCGUACACCCCCUGAUGCCGGCACCAGGACGCGGUCAUCGUUUUCUCCCGCUCCCCAACUUGGCUUUCUCGGCACCUCCUUCACUCUUCCUGAUCUCUCCUGCUCAGAGGAAAGAACUUUUCGGGUCAGAUGAUCAGCGUUUUCUUCCUAGCUCUUAUUUUAUUAACUACACAGCGUGAUUUUUAACCCUGCACCGGCUUGUUUGGCCGAAUUAACGAUGGCGGCGGCUCCCACGCGGCUUCUCCCCGGCACGAGGGGUGGUGGGAUCCGCUCUCCCCUGUUGGAGAUCUCAGCCCCUCUGUGCCGGGAAGGAGAGAGAAAUCACGCCGGAUUCCCAGCCCGGCGUGCGGUGAACUCAGUCCCUCCUCCGCCGAGGCGUGCCCUACAUCUGGCGAAAGGUGUGACGCACGCGCGUUUGUAUAUAUUGAUGUAUAUAUAUAGGGGAAACGCCUGCCGCAGCGCACUGGUGGGGGAGGAGCGGCGGCAGGAAGGUAGAGCAACCCCCCCCAGCUGCUCUCUCGGUUCCGUUUUUCCAUCUGGCGCAGACCACACGAGCAUUUUGCACUUUAUUCCUGGCUCGGGACAGGGGUUUGGGGACUGUCACCGCCGUCAAACCCCGGGCGAGGUUUCGGGGGAGCCCUUCUGACGCCGGCAGCGGUUUGGGGGGGAGCUCUGUCCCCCCUGCUGCGGCGUCCAGCUCCUGUUGGCAUCUCGGUGAGCGAAUCCUCAGGAUUUUUAACCAAGAUGGAACCAGACCUUGGGACAGCGACAGCUCCCGGGAAGCAGGUUGAGCCAGUGCUGGAAAACCAGCGUCUGCUGUAGCUUUUAUGCAAGUCCCCGAGCUCCGCGCCGAACUGACUCCCCUGCUUCUUGCCCCCACUUUUAAUCUCGGUGUUUUUCUGUCCCGUUUUUAGUUUAUUCCCCCCUUUCCCUCCACAAGCCCCAAGAGGACCUGGAGGAGCACAGCGCUUCCCUGGACGGUGCCCGGAGAGCUGGACCUGCAGCCGAGCCGGGAGGAGGGAGCUGGCAGGGACAGAGCGCGGCUUUUUGAGCUUUUUAAAAUAAACCGAAUCAGAAAAAAAAAAAAACCAAA